CUGUGACGUCACGCGUCGCCAUGCAAAUGCGGCUGCGCAAGGCCCGCCGGGAAAUCGCUUGGUGUUUUUUUUCCUUCACAAAAUGACGCUUUUCCCGCAUUUUUCGGCCGCGCGAGGCCGCUCCGUGACCCGGGGCAGGGGGUGUUUCCCGUUUUACUGCGAUUACUGCGACACGUACCUCACCCAUGACUCGCCCUCCGUGAGGAAAACCCACUGCAGUGGCCGGAAGCACAAGGAGAAUGUGAAGGACUAUUACCAGAAAUGGAUGGAGGAGCAGGCCCAGAGCCUGAUUGACAAAACAACGGCUGCAUUCCAGCAAGGGAAAAUCCCACCGACGCCGUUCUCGGCACCCCCUCCGGCCGGAGCCAUGAUCCCGCCUCCUCCCAGCAUCCCUGGUCCCCCCCGGCCCGGGAUGAUGCCAGCCCCACACAUGGGGGGGCCCCCGAUGAUGCCAAUGAUGGGCCCACCCCCUCCAGGAAUGAUGCCAGUGGGACCCGCCCCCGGGAUGAGGCCCCCCAUGGGAGGACACAUGCCCAUGAUGCCAGGGCCCCCGAUGAUGAGACCCCCCUCCAGACCCAUGAUGGUGCCAACCAGGCCGGGAAUGACCCGUCCAGACAGAUAAAGGUGGAAAUGGAGCUGCCUUUUCAUAUUGGGAUCUUCCCCGUGGCAAACACCACAGACCCACGUCCCUGGGGUUUCGUCCUGGGUGCGUGCAGGGGCUGUGCCGCCCCCUCAGCAUGGACACACCCUGCACUGACUGCUGGAUGGGGUCUGGCUUUUGGGGCGUUCUUUUUAGUUGUGUUAAAUUUUACCCCCCGCUGAGUCGUAAAAAUAACAAUAAAACAUUGAUGUUGUUUCCAUA